AUGUCAGGAUCUCAACAUUAUCCGCAAGAGCAGUCUUCGUCUGCGCAGUCCGCUCCGCAUUUUCCACAAAAUUUCGGGGUUCCCGGCUUGCCCACACAUUUCUGGAAUCCGACAACGACGGCCUUCAAGGAGAUUGGCAAAUUAUACUCAAGAGGAGCGAAGUAUGAUCAAGAAGAUGUGGUCUGGCACGCUUGGGAUGCCAUUCUACGCCUUUACUUCCCUGAGGUCGAUGAUGCCAAUGGCGUAUCGUGGUCCAUUCGAAGAGAGGCAUACAGAGGCCUCCCCCCAGUACAGUCACCAUCUCAAACCAAGCCGGACGUCAUUGCGGUACGACUAAUGUCACUUCCUCGUCAACCUGGCCAAAUUCCACAAGGCACGGGAAGGGAUUUUCUUUGGGUAGAAUGCAAAGCGGCAAACCACGACACCCCGCAUGGCUGGAAGGACCUUACGAGUGAAGCAGUAAUACGUCUAGGUCACGCUCAUCCUGACCGUCCAUUAAGUUUGAUUCUUGCAAUCGGAUGGAAGUGCAUGCUGUUCACUUGGGACCCCACAGACAUACUGCAGCAGGCACAUGUGCCCAAUUAUAUCUUGUCUCGAGAUAGGUCACAGCAUUGGCCUGUAGACGUUCGUAUCAAGAGUGCACAUGCCUUUCCAUGGGCAAAUCCAAUAUCUGGUGCUAUCACACCAGAUAAUGCUUUCGAACUCGAUUCUUGGACUUUGGCACCACCAACUGCUGGACUGAAUGUACUUUAUAAUGGCGGAAACCUUGGCAUUAUCGAACACUUCUUGGUUACUGUUCGAUUAAUGCCAUACCAUUUGCAUGGCGUGAAUCCUGCAUCAUUCUGA